GCCAUUGACAUUAUUCCACACAUUGGGUUAGAAUGACGGAAGACUUUGGAUACUUCUCGUUUUUGGAGAAAACAGCAAUGGAACCAACCACUGAUGGUUUUCUGUCAUUAGAUGAACCAGGAUUAGCCUAUGCUGGGUCAGAGCUUGGUAAACAGCAGGAUCGAAGCAUCUUUGGUCGCUUUUUCGAUUUAAGAGAAACAAUAAAGAACGAAGAAGGUACUACUCUACUGCUUAGUGGACAUCCCCAUAUUGUAGUCGAUUCCUUGUUGGGUGAAAAUGAGUUGCGAGCUGUUGACAGUGCAGUAUGGACACAACAGAAGACUAAUAACUGGAAGGAGUGGAAUGCUGACCUGUUAAAGGCUCCAGAAGAAUUUGCGUCGAGGGCGAAUGCUACAGAGACUGUUGACUUUUUGAGUACAGUAAUUCCGAAGGAGGAGUUGGCAACAAUAGAAGACGGAAACUCAGAUAGAAUGGAUGGUGUUGGCAGGCUCGAAGGUUUACAGUGGGACUGCCAUUCAACUUAUCGGAAACAUAAUGAAGAUUGGAGGUUGAAAGGAGUGGACCAUUCUUGUGAAGGUUGUAACGAACAUUUUAUGACUCUUCCUCUCUGUAUUUUAGAGUUUAUGAGAAAUAUAGGUCGACCUGUUUCAGAAGAAGAAAUUUUAGAAGAAGCCAGAAAGAAAUAUUCCAUUCUACGAAAGUCCGAUGGCAGUCGUUAUAAGGAGAAUCAAAUCCGUGCAGUAAAAGGGAGUUUAUGUUCGACUGGUAUUUUUAUGAAGGCUGAGGAGAAUGGAAAGGAAUGGGUUGUCAAUGAAGAAGCAGCAAAACAAUAUGAAGCAAAAAUGUUGCAAAAGCACGGUAAUUUAUCUAGAAAAUGGCAUUCUUGGAAUACCAGAAGAGGAUUUCUGAAGAAAACGAAAAAACUUGGAAUAGACUAUACUGGAGAAGAUGGAGUUACUAUGGAAGGACAAUGGAUGAUACCUAAAUGCUGUUCUUGCUGUUUCGAUUGUUGUUCCUGUUGUCGCGAAGAAGGUAUAGAGACUGUUUCCUGUUCCCAAUGGAGUUGGUUGAUGUCGAUUUCCAACGACAUGAGAAAAGAUCCACGUUGGAAUGAUUGUUUUGAGAAUCCAUUUAGAGGAUGUAAAAUCAACUGUAAUUUGAAGGAAUUGGAAGAUUCUUUGGGCACCGAAAAGCUGAAACAUGUUAUGCAAACUUUUCAUUGGCUCAGAGACUGGUUUAUGUGCAAUGACUCGAAACAGUCACUAGAUCGAAUGUAUCCAACUUCUCCCAUCAAGACGAAUAGGAAGACGAAUCAUUUUGUUUCAUCGUCAGUUGACCAGCCAUUUUCCACUUUCAAAUAUGACAAGAGUCGCUUUCAUUGUCCCAGUAGAAGAAUGUUUCAAGAAUAUGGAUAUUUGGAAGAAAAGAUGCCUUUUUGAAUACUUGGUGAAUGAUGAAAGAAAGAAAAUCAUCUACUGAUGAAUAAUAUGUAUGUGUCCGUAACCUUACGAAUGAAGAUGAUGUCGGCAUUUAUUGAAGUCGCCUUUCUUUUUAUCCUACCAAGUGGGUAGUUGAUUGUUGUAUUUU